UGGCCUCUACUGUAUCGUCUGUAUCCGGCUAAAUAUAAUAUUACGAUAAUCGAAUAAUCGAUAGUCAAAUGUUUAUUCUAUGUUUCUAGUUGUGUGUUGCCGUCGGUGACGAGUGACAACGAUCAUUUCUCUUACUGAACUUCGUUCAUUCAGUAUUUGCAUUUUGCCAUUAGGUAUUUUCUGUUUUUUCAUCUGUCGUUUGUGUCUGCUGACGGUUUUUUUCCGUUCACUUAUUCUCAAGAUAUCACAAAUUUAAUUAAAGACAAUAUGGAACAAAUAGUCAAGAUUUUUGUACAUCAAAGUUACUUUAUAGACAAUGAUUUAGUUGUUGAUUAUAAUGUCGAACAAGAAGCUCUUAUAAAUGUAUCCUCUAAAGAUUGGAUAGCAUUAAUACCUAAAGGAUGGUCUGGAGUAGACGAACAAGUUGCUUAUAAAACUAUUGAUAGUGAUUGUGAUGUAGCAAAUUUGGCAAUUAAAUCAGUUAUCAUGGAGAAAAAGUGUUUUCAAGAUGUCGUUGAAUGUGAGAAACAUUAUCAAUUAAUGUAUAUAAGCCAACAUUUAGAGAUAUUAGGCAGAAGUGAGUACUUUAUAUUUCUUCAUCAAUCUGGAACUUGCAACUGUAUUCCUUCAUCUAUACAAAAUGAAACUAAAGACAAUUCUAAGCUAAGUCGAUUAUCUUCAUCCUCUAACCGCAACAAACCAUUACGUAGACAAUCGCCAACUCCACGCUCAUUUUACAAAAAUCGACCUCAAUCACAAAAUAGUGUAAUAAAAAGUGAAAAAUUGAAACCAAAACAAUGGUCAACAAAUAAAUGUAAUAAAUGUAAUGCAUCAAACAACUUUUCUGCACUUGAAAGUGCAUACCUCGCAAAAAUUCAAGAUUUAACAGAAAAUAAUGAAAUUAUGGAACAACGUUUAGUGACAUUUGAAAAAGAUUUGGUUCAUACAUUAGAGGUAGUUAACAAACAAUUCAAAUUAAGCACAGCCAUUUCACAACAAAAACGAAGUAUUCAAAAAUUUAUUGAUGAUUUAGUUGAUGGCUUAGUUAAUGAUGGCAAGAUAACAUUUUGGGCUCGUGAUCAAGAGUUUUCAGUUGUUCGAGAAUUCCCAGAAAAAAACCAAAUCUCUCCUUUACCAGAUGACUCAUUGUCUAUUAACAAGUCACUAAAUUUGUCCAAAGAGGUUUAUAUGAAAGCUAUUAUUGGUCAACAAGAGGAAACUAUUCAACAUCUUGUCGAUAAAAUAAAGGAUUUGUUUGAUAUUUUCCUCAAAGUAAACUCGCAAGUAAAUGAACAAAAUAAGUCGGAUUCAGCUUCAUCUGAAAGUAAAAUAAGUAAUAUAGGUUAUAUGGAUAGUUCAGGAACUACAUAUUUUUCUCCUCCAUCGUAUAUUACUAAUACUUUGAACGAUAUCAAUUUAUACUUGGCCAAUACUGUUAGUUAUAAUAAUAGAAUUGAAAAAUUAGAAAUGAAUGCAAAUGCUUGUAACUGGACAAACAACACUUUUUCUGGUACUGAAUUUCCUUUUACUCUGGAAUCAAAUGUAGUUCCUACAAUAAGUAAUGAAGUCAAAAACAAAGUAUUGACCUUUGAAGAUUGGAAAAAAGAAGAAACCCCGUUUACAUUGUGUACUCAAUCACCUGAAAACUGUACCAGUGAAAAAACAAGUGGAUUGAAUAUUAAACAAUAGAUUGGACGCCGAUGAAAGUAAUACAAUUUUACACAAGGAAGUAAUAUUUCUUUUAAGAUGUUCCUUGUAAUCAUCAUUUUAUAAUUUUAUAUGUAAUGAUACUGAAGUUCAGAUUUACUUUUGGAGUUUUUUUUUUGUUUUAUUUAAUUUUUUCAUGAUUCACCAAUAAUAUAUAAUACAUAAUUAUGUUAU